AUGGGGGAGGAAAGGAGGGGGUGGCAGGGUGAGAGAGGGAGAGGGGGGUGUUCCUCCUUGUCCCCUCCUCCUCACCCUCCUUAUGUGAAGAAGAAAAAACCUAGUCCUGCCCCCUUUCCAUUCCCAUGGAUCGUGUUACGGGAGACUCCAACCCGAGACAUCUGCUCCAACAACGGAGCGCGUCCCCGCGUCCCAGACCUGCGACCGAUCCCGGCUCCCGUGGUGCCCCCUCCUCUCUCUCUCCCCCUCUUUCUACGUUAUCCGUGCUUACUCGGUUAUCAUGUGGAGCCCUGGUGCAUGUGCCCUCCACGUUUCCCGGCUAUAGUUGACCCGGCUGAGGCGCGCUCCUGA